AUGGAAGAAGAAAAAACAACAGAUAUAUUGCUUGUGGGCAAAACUGGACAAGGAAAGAGUGCUACAGGCAAUUCAAUCUUAAGGAAAAUAAGUUUCACUAGCAACUCACAACUAACUUCUGUAACUGAUGAGGCUAAGAUGGAUGUAUCGUACUUCGAGAAUCGUCUACUCAAGGUCGUGGACAGUCCUGGGAUCGGUGACACCCGCUACAACAAGAGGGAAGACGCCCUCAAGUUUAUCGAGAAAAUUUCUCAUGCUAUGACGAUUAAUGUGAUAGGCUAUCACGCUCUGUUGUUCAUUGUAAGGUUUGGGAACCGAUUCACUAAGGAGGACGUGUACGCGGCUGAGCUGUUUAAGACAACGUUUGGUCCAGAUUUUAUUGCCAAACAUGGGAUUAUCGUCAUGACAGGCGGAGACAACUUUGCAACAGAUCCUGGAGUCAGGAAGAGAAAUCUGAAAUUUGUAGACUGGGUGUCUGAACAGACGGAUCCUAACUUUACUGCAUUACUUCGUGAGGUAGACAACCGAAUCGUCCUCUUUGACAACAUUACAGAAGAUAAAUCUGUGAUCAUAUUACAACUGAGGCAAUUGAUUUUAAUGAUCGAUAACUUACCAAUCAAUGGAAAGAGGUACACGAAUGAGGUAUUUCGAUCGAUUAAAAAAGCCAGAGAUGAUUUCAUCAGACAGAUGGAAAGGCCACUACUUAGUGACGAACUGUUUCUUAGAAUUUGUAUUCUCAGAGAAAAAUUUUCUAAAGCUAUUUUCGAAGCACAAGACACCACGACCCUGCUCUCUAAACUUGAGAACAUUCGGGAUAACGCUGAAUAUUUUUACAAGCGUAUUCUUGAGGAAGAUAAAGGUACUGGUUCAUUAAAUGCCGCUAAAAAUCUCCUCACGUUUUUGAAGGAGACCCUCGACAAAGAGAUAAGAGAACUGAGAAGAACUAAAGAUGUGUCGCCUAGAGCUGAAACAAUGCCCCACAUAGAAACCUCUGAGAAGUCGUCAACAGAUUUUGUGGAAGAAGAUGGCGAAAUGGAACCUGUAGCUUUUGAAAGAGGAGGAACCACGCAAAAAUCGGUACGAGAUAUAGCUAAAGCGUUUGAAUCCCCCCGCUUGACAACGCAGCAAAGUGUGAGAUUGCCUAGGCCAUCUAAAGUAAAGGGAAUUCAGCGAAGUUUUUCUAUUCCUGCGGGUAAUGAUGGGACGCAAUCGCCGAGAAUAUGUACUGACAACUAUGAAGAGGGAGGAGAUGAUAUGUGUCCUGGUACUGUGGGGUCAACAAAGGAAAAAUGUAUUUUAACACUGAACGAUGAAGUGGUCAAGGAGAUGGAGAGCAAAUUUGAUCGUGUGAGGCAGGACCAGGUCAAAUCCCCAGUUCGUGUCUCAGUCUUGCAGUUUGUGAAAAAAAUUUUAACUAGCUGUAUAAGGUGACUGAAAUACAAUUCCAGUUAAAGUGUGUUUUCUUUAUAAAUGUAACAAUUAUUAAGGAUUACUUAAUAUGUUAUCCUUAUAUUAAUAUUAUAAUUCUUAAAAUAAAACAUAAACUAUAAUACUAUUAUUCGUAUUUUAAAGAAUAUGUCAUUUAAAAAUCAAUGUUUUACUUGAAAGUUUGAUAUUAAUUUUAAAUGAAUAAAAUUCAAAGUACAAAUUGAGUUUAAAUAGUGAAAUAAAUAGACGAAUAUGUUGUGACCAGGGUUUCAUUAUAUCUAUAAAAUAUAUCAGCUAUAAGAUUAUCUUCAUUUUAAUGGUUAUGAAAUUUAUGCCUAGAUGUUGUUUGAAAACACCAAUCAAACUGUUUUCGUUUGAUUUUACUUUUGCUAAAGUUUUAUUUCUAUUGAAGUUUAGGUUUCAAAAGUUAUAACAAAAAUAAAGGGAAACAAUAAAGGGACAUCACCGAGAUAACUUUUUAUGUGUGAUAUUUUAACAUAGGUAAAACGUUAGGUACGAAACCAACGUACUAGACUAGAAUAUACUUCUAAAAUCGUUAAAAUUUAGUUAAUAAUGUAGGUAUGAACCUUUAACCUCACUGUUUGCCAGUAAUCGUAUGUAAUACAUAUUUAAACAUACAGCAAUGUAUUAAGUAACAACCAAAAUUAAAAUUGUAACUAUGUAAUAUAUUAUAUACUCAGUUAGCGCUAAACAGUUA